AUGGCAACCGGGUAUCUGCAGCAGCUAUGGGGAGCGGCGGGGCUCGGUCUCUCCCGGGGAGCGCUGGUGGGCCGCUUCGCGACUCUUCGGCCUCUUGGCCUGUUGCUCCCCCCGCAGCCCCGGCCCCUGGUGAUGGCGAGUCGCGGGGUUGCAGACGAAGGGGGCCUGGAAGCAAAUCCCUUCUUCCAGAAAUACCACAGCAAGAUCCAGGACCUUCGCAGAUCCAAUCCAGAUAUUUUUGAAUCCCGAAUGGAGCGAAGAAAUGAUGUGAAAAAGCAGCCAGUGGGAUACUCAAAGCAAGCAGAGUUUGUCAGAAACAUGGAGGAAAAGGCCAAAGAAACAAAGCACGUAUUCACAAAAAAUAAGACACUUGAUUCUAUACUUAAUGUGGAGAUGAUGAAACGGAAGAAGCCUGAAGAAAUAAAACAGAUAUGGAAGCAAUAUUUUUCUGGUGAAGACACAGUUUAUGCAGUUAUUCCUGGGAAGACUUUUGAUUUGAUGUGGAAGCGAAUUCAGAACUGCCCAUCUUUUCUAUAUGCGUUGCCAAGGAAGGAAGGCUAUGAGUUUUUUGUGGGACAGUGGUCAGGAGCAGAACUCCACUUCACGUCUCUGAUAAACAUUCAGACUCAAGCUGAUGCUGCUCCCAGCCAACUGAUCUUGUAUCAUUAUCCUGAGCUUCAAGAGGAAAAGGGAAUUGUACUGAUGACAGCAGAAAUGGAUUCUAAAUUUCUGAGUGUGGCGGAAGCUCAGUGCCUCGCCAGCCAGGUGCAGCUUUUUUAUGCCACAGAGCGCCAGGAGACGUUCCGUUUAGUGGAAGCGUUUAACCACCAGCCAGAUGAGUUUAAAUACAUGUCCGUAAUAAGUGAGUUGGAAGUGAGCGGACUCGGGGAAGACCUGAGGCCUCAGCAGGACUCACCAUCGCCUACUGCUUGAGAGGUGCAGCAGCCUUAAACAGAGACAACAGGGGUGGCAAGCGGCCUCGCCUUGGUGCUGGACUUGCUGCUUUCUACAGAAAUAAUCCUGACAAAAAAAGGUGACAUGGGCAUCUGACAGGGAGACGAAUGUCUCACCACCAAGUGACCCACUGUGGCAAUAGGGCGGCACUUGCACCAUCUCAUUUCUUUCUGAAAAGUAGAGGAAAUGAGGAAAGAAUAAGCAUUCAUUUUCGCGCCAUGGCGCUUCAAAUUUACAAACAGCUCAUAGAACCUUAGCUUUUAUGAAGAGCCUGAGUACCUCUUGUCCAUUCAGCAAGGAAAGGGAAUGAGAGGGGUGAGUUAAGAGAGGCUCCCAUUGAUGGAUGUGGUGAGUUCCUAGACAAAAUCUAUUUUUCCAAUUAUGAACCAUCAGUGCACAUGAAACUUUUCCAGCAUGAGCCAUCAGGACUGUUUUCUGCCCCAUGGAGCCCAAACUUUGAAAAUUUUAGAGUAGGAAGGGAACAAGUGCAAAAGGCAUUUCUUUGGAAAUCUCGUAAGGACGACGCAGCAUAACUAUCUUACAUGUAAGACUCAAAACGUGAACUACCCUUAAUUAAAAAUAAAUAAAUAGGGUUCAGGCUGCCCUUCAUAAAAGGGUGUUAAGUGUUGACCACAAUGUUGCUGGCAGUCUGUGUGCCUUUCUUGGUCCAGUAAUAUCACCAAAGGACAGUGGGGGGACAUCCCUGUUGCCUUUAUUCUCUAAAAA